AGAGGGAAAGUCUGGAAUGUAGAGUCUGCAGAAGACGCGCGUCUUAUCAGCUGCGUUCGUACCUCAAGGAUGAACUCAGACUGUCUAGUGUUCUCGCGGUGAACGUACUAAUAUCGGCGCUGGUGGAAAAUCUCAUUUAACCAGCGAAAGUCAUCAUGAUUGUCACAUUUCUUCUUCGACAAAACUGAGAGCUUCGGUUGAGUGUUAAAUGGUUAUUUAGUGAAUCUAUUGGUGCGACGAGGAAAAGUGACGGUGGACAAUGAAGAAAAAAUCCUCAUACGCAUUGUGCAAAUUGCAAACUGCAGGUACAGAAUCCGCGCAGCUCCAAGGACGCAGGGAAAUGAGUGAUCAGCUGCACUACGAGAACGAGGGUUUUGCAGAGACGGAAGACGAUGUCUCUGCAGGGUCGACCGGAGGUCAAGUGGACGCCAGUGACCCGAUUCCUGUUCCUGGGCUGACCUCGCAGACAUCUAUGUCUCUUCUCUUCUCUCUUAGCGAUACGAGGACAAUGGAGGAGGGUAAGGUGCACUACGACAACGAUUCGUACGUCGAGAUAGAGGGAGAGACCGCAGUUCCACCUAGCGACGAGCCAAAAGAGGCAGGUGAUCGUCGUCAGGUGCCCGGUGACUGGGUCAGGCACGAAAGCGUUCCUCUUCUGUUUGCUGCAAUUCACGCUGGCAACAUCGAGGAAGUCGAGAGGAUUUUAGACGAAAACGGAGAUUCCAUCAGCCUAUCCUCCUAUGGCGGAUUAACUCCCUUGCAUGCAGCGUGCCACAUGCAGCAUUUAGAUGUACUGAGGCUGUUAAUGGCUCGAGGAGCGAAGGUACAUACUCACGACAGCCUGGGUAAUUUUGCGCUUCAUGUCGCUGUGAGAGAGAAAUGGUAUGAUGGCGUGAGAGAGCUCCUCCAGCACGGAGCCUCCCCUGACAAGCUGAAUCAACCUCCCAGUGGCGUCACUGGCGUUGUAAAGGAAAAUUCACUGCACGUUGCUGUUAGAAUGGGUGACAAAGUCUCUACUAACCUCAUGUUAAAGCAUCAGCCUGAUCUCAUUGUUAGAGAUGGCAACAACCAAACUGUUUUUCACUUGGCUGCUUCCAGAAGAGAUCUCUCUGUCCUGAGGGAGUUGUUAGCUGAUAGUAAUUUACCAAAAUAUAUGAAAUAUCUAGAAAAAUUCGAUGGUCAAGGUAUCUAUCACGCAGUCUUUGCAGGCGACAAUGGUUUACACAACGAGAGUGCUAUUCUACGAGUGAUUCAGUGCAUUUAUACCUUUCAUGAAAAUGUCAACCAGACUGAUGGAUCUGGAGAAACGCCACUGAUAACAGCUUGCCGCAGUGGCCUUUCCCACGUUGUCAAAUUCUUACUUGAUAACGGAGCUGACCCGGCUAAAGUUACUCAUGCGGGCGAGUCUGCGUUGCAUGCUGUAUGUAAAACAGGCUGUUCUACGACACUUCGUCAUUUGUUCAACACUGGUCGUGUUGGUCAUCUUAUCUCUUCGACAGACAACAUCGGCUGCCAUCCUUUCUACUAUGCAGUUGAAACACCUUCAGUUGAUUGCUGUAAAGUUCUCCUGGAACAUGGAGAGCGCUUGACAAAUGUAGAUAGAAAUGAUAUAUCCAAUAUGACACUUGUCAUCGACAAAUUGCCAAAUGCUAUGCAGCUCCUGAGAGACCUUUUUGAUGCGGGAAUUAAGCUGUCGAAGAAGCCUCAGCAUGACCCAGCCUUUAGCAUUACUUUUGACUAUUCAGUUCUCAUGUCACUAGAAAAAGAGAAGAUCCAAUGCUCCAUUGUUUCCGACUUGUCUGGUACAGCCGUGGAACCCCUCAUUAAGCACCCACUAAUUGAGAGUUUCUUGUACAUCAAAUGGUGCCGCAUAAGAAGAGUCUUUUAUACAAAUGUUAUUCAAUACUUCUUGUACCUUUUACUCCACACGUCAUUUGUUAUGAUGUCAUUUGGACCAAAACCAAGAGACUGGACGGAAUCCCCGAGCACUUUUCUGUUUUUUCAAAUUUCUCACUUGAUUUUACUACUUAUUAUAGCUGGACCUGGAAUUGUUGUGACUCUUGCUAACUAUAAGAAGUAUCUGACUCAGUGGGAAACCUAUACAAGACUUACAGCCUUGGUGAGCUCUGCAAUUGUUGUCUGUGUAGUUCGUACAAAAAACCAAGAUGACGUUACCAAUCCUCCAGUAACUGGAAAUGCUGAAUUAUCAUUUGAAAGAUUGGUUGCUAGUAUGUCAGUAGUUCUGGGAUGGGUGGAACUCAUGAUGUUGCUGGGACGUUUCCCAACAUUAGGCGCUUACAUUCUGAUGUUCACUAAAGUUGGAAAAUCAGUCUGCAAGUUCUUACUUGCCUUUCUGAGUCUCCUUCUUGGGUUCUCCCUUGGGUUCCAUAUCCUCUUUCAAAGGCUGCCCAUAUUUGCAGACUACAAUCGCAGCUUUGUGAAGACACUUAUGAUGAUGACAGGAGAGAUAGCUUACAGUGAGUUUAUCGACAAAGAGGGAACUCCAUUUAAUGCCUACUCUCUGCUUUUCCUGAGCAUUUUUCUCUUCAUGACAACUAUCAUCAUGUCGAACCUCCUCAUUGGUUUAGCUGUGAAUGACAUUCCGGACCUGAAGAGACAGGGAAAGAUAAAGAGGUUAGUGAAGCAAGCUUCCUACCUCAUGGCUUUUGAGAAGCUCCUUUCAUUCACCUACAGAAUCAAGUUCUUCCCAAGAAAAUUGCAAUCACUGUUGGCUUCUCGGCUAAGCAUUAAACCUGCCCUUAUUGUUCUGCCCAACAAAGAAUUUAAAAAGAACAAAUACAUGAGAACUAUUCCAGAUGAGAACAUCAGAGAAGCUAUAACUCUUGGUAGCUGCGAGAGUCCAGAGGACUUUCCAACUGAUGCAGACGAGGACAUAGGUGACCGUCUGAAGUUCUUCCAGAUAAGAUACUCUAGUGAUCGUAGGACUCAAAAGGUCAAUUUCAAAGAUAUUUCCGAAACAUGCAAUGAGAUCAAGAAACAGUUGGAGCAAGUGGAGAGGAAGACCAAUAACCAUCUGACACAAUUAGCGAUACAGCUUCAGCAACAGGUUCAGCAAAACCAGAACUUGUAUAACUAUCUAACACAGAAAGGGUUCAAAUAAGUUACUUCAAAACUACUUGGAAAGAUUUUGAGAUGGAGCUGCUAGCCCAAAACUCUUGCCUCCAUGAGUGAUCAGAGGUUUGCAUACAAGUAAAUCUGACACUCCUAGUCAGCCACUACCAAAUAGCAGUGUCAAGGAAAGAAGUCAGAUAAAAAGUAAAUUUUAUUCCAGUGUGCUACAGCUGCUGGCAAACCAGAUGCAUAGCUAUUCUUUCAGGCGGUUAAAAACAGCAUUAUAAAUUUCUUAUGUCAAUGGUAAUUUGGUAUGGAGGUGUAUGUUAUGAUAGUCAAACGCCAUCUAUUUGAAUGUUACAAAAAAAAGUAGGGGUUAAACUUUAUUCAAUUUUUCUGGCCUAUUUUAUCUGUCAAGGUACAGUUAGGCUACUGUACCAAUAUACCCAAGUAACAAUUAUAGAAUGUCACUGAUUGGUGAUUCUAAAUUGAACCAGGAGAUAGAAAUGGAGAAAAUUAUGGAGAAGGAGAUGAAUGGAGAUUCAUAAACUUGGUGAAUGCAACGUAUUACUGAAUGAAACUGAGGAAAAUGGAACUGUGUGAUUAGAUAGCUCGAGCUAGUGAAGCAGAGUAGGCUGUAGGUAAAACGAAGGGGAGGAGACAAAAAAAAAAAAAAUCGGGAACAAAGAAAGAAUUUAGAAAAAAAAGCAAAUGAAAUUGUGAAAUCAGAAAAGGCACAAGUGAUUUAAAGGGGGAAAGCCAAAAUAAUAAUAAGUAGAGCGAAGGCAGAAAUGAAAGAGGAUUUUUAAAGUACAAGUAAUAGUACUAGAGAAAACUAGAUAAAAUGCAUGCGAUAUUGCCUUCAUAGUAAUAGAAAGACAGAACCUGAAAACACUCCACAUUACAAACGUUCUGGUUACAUGCAUCUUGCAUGGCAUAGACAUUAUCGAGAGAUAGUUGAAUGUAUUUAAAAAAAACUAAAAACCCUUGAUUAUCUAAAGUGAGAAGGAAGAGCUGAUGUCAAAACAAAAAGACAAAGAGGAGGAACCAUAAAAAAAUUGAUUGAUGUGAUCCAAAUCCUUGGUAAAGAAUUAGGAGACGCGUCGAUUCAUAGCAUAUCUAAUAUUGUCAAGUGCCUAUAGUAUGGAUAAAAUGUAUUCGUGAUACAUCUCGGUGAAGAAAUAGAGAUCUAAUGAUAAGGCAACUACAAGGUAGUGGUGUUAACAUAUUUGUGAUAAUAGUAUGUUUUAGCCAACUGUUUUCCAAUGCAAGGGGUACGGUGUUUGCUUUACCUAAGUAGUUUGGCCCAAGUGGGAUUUCAGGAGAAUAAUAAACAAACGUUCAGUUAUAUCAAGAGAGUCCAGAGAGGGCAGAACGCAUGACAAAUGGAAAUAAAGCAGAGCUGAUGCCGUGCAACACAUUUGGAGGAAAUUACGUUAAAACAAAGGCAAUAACAACAAUGAAACUAGCUGCAAGUUAUAGACGUCUUGAGAAAAAGACUGGAAAGAGUCAGGAAAUAGAUGUGAGGGAGAGAGUAAUGGAGACUUAAGAGAUUAAAAAGGAGGCUUACCUUCAGAAGAGAGACGACUAUCGAUGUUUACAAUGAAAACAAUCUCCUUCAAAAAAAGUAAGAAGUGGUAUGGAAAAGUGGCGUGAUAAACUCACUUUGAUGUCUGAACCAUUUUAUAAAGGAGUGAAAAUAAUAUCAAAAAUAGCCUAGUAAGAACCGUAGAUUAGAAGCUGAGGACAAGUAGAAGUAGGAUGUGGAACGGGAUAUACAAUAACUAGGAUUUUUAAAGGAAGAUAAAAAGGUCUAGAACCUCUGGUGAUUACACAUUCGGCGAGCGUAAAGAUGACCGUGUUUAUUUGCAUAACUAAAAAAUGAUAUUGAAUAUGCGCGGCUACUUUCAUUACGGAUUACCUUUAAAUAAGUUUCUAUGUAUAUACAAUAAUUACAAAAUAGAGAAACUAUGUACAUGACAGUGAAUACGUGUGUCUACUUUAAUGACCAACUGCUUUGAAGAAACUUCUAUGUAAAUAAAAAGAUUAUUUUUUGAUAAAGAAACAGAAAGAGAGAGAGAGAGAGAAAAAAAAAGAAA